AUCUUUGUACAAAGAAGAACAUGUGACACUGGAUUUAAAAUAUGUCGGCCAAAUGUUGGUGCCGUUGGGUUUAUACCACUGUCAGGACUUAUGUUCUGUUCCCUAUGAUGCUACCUCCACUUACAACAACACACGAAUGUCCAUCACCAGUUCCAGCUCCCACUCCACAAGAUUGGUUAGAAAUAGAAGUCAUAGAUGAAUUCAAAGUAUGGCAUUUAUUAUUUAUGACUCUAGCAUGCGCCAUCACUCUUUCCGUCCUCGCUUGCUGCGUCAUGAAGUGUCGAAUACCAAGAACAAAGCAAGAAAUUGAAGCAGAUUAUAAGAGAAGAUUAAUUACGAGAAGAUUUAGGAGCAUGUUAAAUAAAGUUCAAGUAGAUAAUACAAAUUUAAGAACGGCGCUCGAAAAAGUGACAGAAUUGUAUGAGAAAGAAGCGAGAAGAGCCAGAAGAAAACAAAGAAAAUUACAAAAGGUAUCAACUUCUCUUGAGAAACUCGAAAGCUAUGGAUCAGACGAGAAUGUUGACGAAGAGAGCAGUAGUUGUGCAAGCAGCGAAGUUAAAUUAACAGUGAUACAAAAGAUCAAAAGGUUGAUAGGAUUAGGGAAAUCUUCGAGCAUAGACUUUGAUGAAGAAUAAUAGAAGAAACAUCCAGAACAAAAAUUCAUUAAAAAUACAAAGAAAAAUAAAUAAAUAAAUAAUGAACAAAAAGUAUUACUUUAUAGAAAAUGUAAUUUCUUAGAAUGAAAAAGUGGGCUUAAAAUAUUUCUUAUUUUACUUAUAUUUCUCAGGGAAUUCAAGCAAAACAAUUACAUUCUCUGAUAAU